AAACGAUAAAACGGUUCUCGAGUUUCUAGCUACUUUACUAUAAUGUCGACAAAGCACAUAUUUAACAAUCCAAACGAAGCCCUAUCAAAUUGCUUAAAGUCCUCUUCAGCCCUCAACCCUUCACUAAGAUUGGACGAAGUACAUAAAGUCGUCUGGGACACAUCAAAGCCCAGUGCACAUAGAACAGUCUCCGUAGUAGCCGGUGGUGGGAGUGGUCAUGAGCCUGCGCACGUAGACUACGUCGGUAGAGGAAUGCUCCAAGCUAGUGUGUCUGGCCAUAUAUUUGCCAGCCCAUCUUCAUCACAAAUACUGCAAGCUAUAGAGAAAACACCGCGCCAUCACGACGUUCUCUUGAUUGUUAAUCAAUAUACUGGGGACAAGCUCAAUUUUGGACUAGCAGCCCAACGUGCACGAUCAAACAGGAAUAUAGAAAGUAUAAUUGUUGGUGAUGAUGUAUCGCUCACCCGUUCUGCCAUUUCUAAAGUGGGUCGCAGGGGUCUCACUGCAAAUCCACUUGUAUGCAAAUGGACAGGUGCAGCAGCUGAGCGUGGGCUCCCAUUACUCGAAGUCAAGCUAGUUGGCGAGGCUAUCGCUACGAAUACCGCAACUAUCGGCGUAUCAGCUGAACAUUGCCAUAUACCAGGACGUCCAGUCGAUGGAGCUACAAAUCCGUACGUUGAGCUCGGCAUGGGAAUACACAAUGAACCAGGCGCCCGAAUUGUGCAAGAUGACGACAGCGGAAAUCUUAUCACCGAGAUGCUAUCUUAUAUUCUCAACAUGGAGGAUGAAUCAAGGUCUUUCGUCAAGUUCGACAAGCAGGAUGCUGUCAUUCUCGUCGUCAACAACCUUGGUGGUCUCUCAAGUCUGGAAUUAUCUGCUGUCGUUGGUCAAACCACUGAUAUUUUAUUUGACAAGUAUGGUAUCCACCCUAUACGAACACUGGUUGGAUCAUUUAUGACCAGUUUGAACAUGCCUGGGUUCUCACUCUCACUCGUCAACUUGUCGAACAUAGACAGCAUGGUACAUUCCCAAGAUGUGCUCGUGGAUGUAUCUCUCGUCGAUCUCCUUUAUGAUCCCACAUCCGCACGCGCUUGGCCAGGCGUAUGCGAAGCAGGUGUCGAGAAGGUUGUAGAGGAGGCGCAAAUGGAGAAGCAUGAUGUGCCGCGACUCUAUAGACCGACGAAUGAAAACGAAUUAUUCAUAGAGACACUCAUAAAACGCGCUUGCGAAGCUGCCUUAGCAGUCGAAGCUGACCUCACGAAGUGGGAUACAAUCGUUGGGGAUGGAGAUUGUGGUACUACUUUGUCGGCUGGUGCGCAAGCCAUACUGGAUGCACUAGACAGUGGCAGUGUACCUCUGGAUAAUCUGCCAAAUCUGUUCGAUAAGCUCUCAAUUAUCGUCGAGAGCAGCAUGGGUGGUACAGCGGGUGCACUAUUUGCCCUGUACUUUGCAGCAAUGUGUAAUCAAAUUCGCACAAAGACGAUAGGCGAAGCUGUACAAGCUUCAUUAAAAGAAUUGGAGAAUUUCACGCCCGCAAAGGUUGGUGAUAGGACAUUAAUCGAUGCGUUAGCGCCAUUUUGUCAGGCACUCUCUCGUGAUGGCAUAAAAAUUGCCGCAAAAUUAUCACAAGAGGGCGCGGAAGCCACAACCGGGAUGACGGCAAAAUUAGGUAGAGCCGCUUAUUGUACAUCAAAUGAUAGCACAAACAUACCAGAUCCUGGUGCUAUGGGCGUAUCAGCUAUAAUAUCAGGCAUUGCAGACUGUUUUGUAUGA